GAUUUCCGACAGUAUCCUGAAGGCAGCACCACCCUCCACCCAUCUCCACUCCAUCUGCGAGGCUCGGCUGGACGCAGGCGGGCUGACCUCUGAAGAGACGGACUAUCUGCACUCGAAGGGCCGUGAGUCAGGCCGGAGGCUGCGGUCAGAGUCCUAUGCGGUCCAUGACCUCCAUGAGCGUUUGACCCAUGGUCGUCAGCUAAAGAUCUUCCUGCCCAAGAGUACGGAGAAGCUGGAGUUCACUCCAGCUGAUGAUCCCAGCAAGACCUUUCUGUACUGGGAGAAGGGCAGACUCAGGAUGACCAAAGGCAGGGUGUCUGGCACAGGCAGCGACCGACGCUGGUAUAUCGACAAGGUGACUUAUGAGGACCAGGGGACGUACAUCCAGAGAGACUUCUGGAAUAAAGAGAUCUCCACUGUCAAAGUGGCCGUCACACCCAGACAUAACUAUGUGAAGUGUGUAGCAGGAGAGAGUCUUUACAUCUUAUUGGAGGGCAUUGACCUGGCCGACACUGUCCUCUCCUUCUCUGGGGAGGCUGCCAACGUUACACUGGUGCGUGAUGGUGCUCUGGUGUCCCAGGACCUUCCGGAUUACUGGAACCGGGUUCAGACCCACUCCUUGAACAUCGAGAUCAGGAAUGUCAACUACAGUGAUGAGGGACAUUACACCCUGAGAGACCACAGGGACCGAGUGGUGUCUGUUACCAGAAUGGACCUGAUAGACUAUCAUGAAUAUUCAGAAGGAAAUCCUCUCAUGGCUCUGCUCUUACUGCUGGGAAUCCCUGCUGGGAUUUGCUGCUGCUGUCGGAAGAAGAUUUUCAAGAAGAAAGCCACCACUGCAGCAACGCUACAGACUACCCCAGAUGCAGUCCAUCAUCCUCACAGUGGUCCUGUUGGACCUUGUCCUACCUACAACACUCCUGGACAACCAGGAGCAGUGUACUACCAUGGCCUCGACCCUAGCAUGGGUCCUACAGUCCAUCCUCCCCCUUCGACCACUGGCCCAGGACAGUGGAAUGGCCCUCCACCCUCCCCAGGUUUUAACCCAGCCUAUCCACCCCAUAACCUUGCCUACCCUCCUUCUGGUCCAGCUUCUGCCCAGCCUCCACAAUGGAACGGUCCACCACCAGGCCAGUACCCCCCAGGACCUGUAGCUCCAAUGGGCUAUGCUCCAGCGCCAGUCAUGUAUAGCUGUCCUCCACCAGUAGCCGCCAGUGAACCUGUCAAGAUGGAGAAUAUGGUUUCCUCACCUGCUGACCCCCAGCUGACUGCCACACCACAGGCUGAAGCUGCAUCCUCUCCUGUGGCUCCUGUGUCCCCCUCCUCCAGCAACGUUCUCAGCUCCUCUGAUGGUGCCUACCAGUUCCAUAUCAACGGAGCGAAAAACUCCACCAACUUCCUGUAGGGAUGCUGACUCCUGAAAAAGCUCACUCCCAGUCCUUCCUCACUUUGAUGUUACAGUGCCCCUCUGUGACCAUGUUGCAUUCCUCUCUCAAAGCAUUCAAAUCAGGAAUGCAUAGUGGCGCAGGUGGAAGCAAUGAACUGCAUUUGGACAGUAGAUUCUGUUCUUUGGUUCCUUGCCUUGAUCAGUAUUUAAUCCCCUAUCUGACUGACAAUAAUGUGUUAUCAGGCUAAAUGAGCAAUCUUUAUCUCCGGUAUAAAAUCUACUGGCUCAGCCAGCUGUGUUUUUGCAGUCAGCAUGUAGGAGUCAGUUAUUUGAGGAUUAAAUUUCUAGAGGUGAUGAGACAAAGAAAGGAGGUGUUUUCUUGAAGUGUUAGAAAAGUAAUAUCAACAUCCGAUGAGUAAAUCUUAAAAACAGGGCUGGGUUCAGUUUACCAAAAGUUGAAGAGAUAUUGUUAGCAUAUAAUUGUGGUUUCUAUCUACAUUUUCAUUGACUCCAGCCCUGUUUGUGUCUUUUUCUUUGAUUCCUUUUUUCUAAUUUUGAUUAGUGAGUGCUGACUUCUGAUGUAAUGUGGCAGGAAAAUCAAGGAAUCGAGAAAAAGGACUUACUUACUCAAAAGUCAGAGUCUAGGAGCAACGAAAGGAAACAAACCAGAGCGCCAGCCACAGUUAACAGACGUUUUUGAUGAGAAAUGUUUGUCUCAUUUAUUGCAACCAAUUUGACCGGUAAAGUGUUUUUUUUGUUUUUUUUUUGCAGCCUGUAUAUAAACAGCCAAUGGACCUGACAGAAGUUUGUAGCUAGCUAACAGCCGACACUGACUGUGUAUAUGUGUGUAAGAGUGAUUUCAAAUUUAGCAGCAGCUCCAGCCAUUAUCUACCGCUACCUCUUAUUUUUUUCUCUUGUUGUCUCCAUAAAUUCCUGAAGUGGAGUUAUAGAGCUUUGUGAUACAUCAGAAUAUUUAGCUGAAACUCUUUCUACUUGAGCUAACACACCUUCGGGGCCUGGUCUCACCAGAAAGUGGUCAUUGCAAUUAUAGGCACUACCAGAAGCACACGCAACACAAAGAACACACAGUAACACCAUUCACUCACUCCUGUAUCAUGACGAGAGUUCUGCUACCCACAAUCCCGGGUCCUUGCUGUCAUGUUGCUGUAUGUCAGGUUUGCUUAUUUUAUGAUGUAAUUUAGUAACAAAUUUCUUUAUAGCUAAUGCUUUGAAUUGCUGGUAAGCUUCUUAUAAUCUCCAGUGAAUUGGGAUAGGCCUCUACAUCCUGGAAACAUUAUGACCUUGUUGUGACAACAACUAAAAAAUCCCACAGACCAUGUGCAGUGUAGAGAUUGAUCUUCUGACAUACUGCACAAUAUCACCUUGAACAUGUUUGACGUUCAUAGCCUGUGAUAGACAGACAAAUUGUCAAGCUCUGUACCAUCCAAUCAACCACUAGCUACAGUGAAAGAGUAUGAGUCAAGUGAGUGGAUUUUUGUUGUUGGGAAAAUAUAGACCCGGGCACAGACGGAUCAAUCUGUGAUGGGGCCCAGGGGCAAAAAUGAGCUGAGGGCCCCUGCUGACCACUCUCUGUGCUAUACUGUACAAAAAGCACACUGUCGAAUACACAUGACAUCUUAAUUAUAUUUUGCCUGGGGCCCCAGACAACAAUCCUAGAAUAGGCUACUACUAGACCCCAGGUUUGCUGUCCAUUUGCCUUUGACUUAGUGCUUCUAGAUAUACCUUGACCUGGAUGACUGAGAAUCUUCACAGACACAAAUGUCUUUAAAACCUUUUUAUACGACUCUAUUUUGGCACCUGUACAAGUACAGGCCCCAGAUAACACAGGACCCACCUUAAGGUCCUUAGUAUGUCAGGUGAUGUUGUGCUUCAGUGGUGCAUAGUCACUACUGACAAAUCACAAUCCAACUGACAACUUCAAUCUAACUUCUGGUGCCCCUGAGGUUUCCCGCUUUGCGCGGUUCGUAAUCCCCUGGGUCUGGAGUCAGGUUGGGGUCUCAAACUUGGUUAAGUUGGGUUCAGCUGGGUCAGGUCUUAAAGAGUCAGGUACAGCCCGGGUAUCAGCAGAACUCUAAUCAUGACAUAUUUUGUUAUGAGAAGACCUGUAUGAAACAGAAUUGCUAAAACAAUAGCUACCUCAUUUUUGGAAUCUAUGCCUCUUCAUAGGACCGUCGAGACAGUUUGUAUUGGUCGAUGGUAUGAAUUUGUGUGUCAAUGUCAAAUUGAACUCGCCACCCCCCCGAAUCUUCUGAUAGUGAUAAUUCCAUUCAAAUGACCUGGAUUUGGUCGGAAUUCUGAUUGUUGUAAAUGCGAACUAAACCAUAAGAAUGCUACCAGAAGAACCACUUUGACUGCCUUUCAGGGUGACCUGAAGCCUCCUUACUAUUACAGCAAAAAACAUAUCACUCAUUAUCCUUUCAGAGCCUUUGAUACCUGUGUCCCAGCCAUAUAUCACAAAAUCACAACUGGAUUUUUUUGAGUCACACCUUAAACUGGGACAAACAAGUUCUGGACUGCUUUCUUGUCAGCAGUUCACAUAAAAACACAGUGAGUGCCUUUUCAUCUCUCAAUGUAAAUGUGACUUUGGUCUCUUUUCUCCUCAAUCUUUGUGUCUGGGUAGAUUGUCACAUGAACAGCAAAAUAAGGUCUGUGGGUUUUUUGUUUUUUUUAACCUUUGUGUCCUAGAUCUGAUGUUUCUUACAUGUAGCAAUGGUGAGAUGAACUGUGGUUCACACUAGGUUGAAUAUUCAAUUCAAUUUUAUUUAUAUAGUGCCAAUUCAUAACAGAAGGUAUCUUAUUGCAUGUAAUUUUUAUUGUUUUUGUCUAAAUGUAACCAAUGAUACUCACUAAAUAUAGUUGUAGUUGAUGAUUAUGGGUGUUGAUGGAGUUGGAGACACCAUCAAACUGGCUUCAUUUUUGUGGUAUUUGGUCUCUUCAGUUCCACAUCCACCUCUUGAUUUUAUGGCAAUGAACUCUGAAAUUGGUUUCCUACCUCUUUUAUAUCUCUUCAUAUUUUACAUGUAUGUGCAACUCUGUCAAUGAAACCACGCAUUAAUAAAGUGAAAUUCUGGA